GCACCAGGUCCGCGGCACUGCUCCAGACUCGGAGAGCUCUUCAAGAGCACAAGCUGCGGAUUCUGAACGGCGCUGGGCAGCUAGUGAAAGCUCCUCCUCGGGAAUAUCUAUUUAUAUAAUAAUAAUAUAUUAUUAUUUAUUUUAUCAUAUCUGCGAUUUCGGAAGCUGAGCCUGCUAUUUUCUGCGCCGAAAAUGAUUGCACCCUGCGUUGUCUUGUUUUCUAUCUUGGCCAUCAGCCAAGCAGUUAAUCCUUGCUGCUCAAAUCCAUGCCAAAACAGAGGCGUCUGCAUGACAGCAGGAUUUGACCGCUAUGAAUGUGACUGUACGCGGACUGGUUAUUACGGGGAAAACUGCACGACACCGGAAUUUUUUACUUGGCUGAAAGUGACGCUGAAACCUGCUCCAUCCACAGUCCACUACAUGCUCACUCACUUCAAAGCAGUCUGGGAUGUAAUCAACAACUUCCCUUUCCUCCACAACACCAUCAUGAGAUACGUAUUGAUGUCAAGAUCCCAUUUAAUAGAGAGCCCACCAACGUAUAACAGCCAUUAUGGUUACAAAAGCUGGGAAGCUUAUUCGAACCUUUCUUACUAUACUAGAGCUCUUCCGCCGGUAGACCACAACUGCCCAACCCCUAUGGGUGUGAAAGGUAAGAAGGAGCUUCCCGAUUCCAAGCUCAUUGUAGAGAAAUUUCUACUGCGGAGAAAAUUUAUUCCUGACCCACAAGGCACGAAUAUCAUGUUCACGUUCUUUGCCCAGCAUUUCACCCACCAGUUCUUCAAGACAGAUCAUCACAAAGGACCAGCCUUCACCAAAGCUCUUGGACAUGGGGUUGAUCUAAAUCAUAUCUAUGGAGAAACUUUGGACAGGCAGAUGAAACUCAGACUCUUUAAGGACGGGAAGCUGAAAUUUCAGAUGAUCGAUGGUGAGAUGUACCCGCCCACAGUGAAAGAAACUCAGGCAGAAAUGAUCUACCCACCACAUGUCCCUGAGCACCUGAAAUUUUCUGUAGGGCAAGAGGUCUUUGGUUUGGUUCCGGGGCUGAUGAUGUACGCCACGUUAUGGCUCCGGGAACACAACCGGGUCUGUGACAUUCUGAAGGGUGAGCAUCCGGAAUGGGAUGAUGAGCAGCUGUUCCAAACUGCACGCCUGAUCUUAACAGGAGAGACCAUCAAGAUUGUGAUUGAAGACUACGUUCAGCACCUGAGUGGCUACCACUUCAAGUUGAAGUUUGACCCAGAGCUGCUCUUCAACCAGAGAUUCCAGUAUCAGAACAGAAUAGCGGCAGAAUUCAACACCCUUUACCACUGGCACCCUCUCCUCCCUGAUACCUUCCAGAUUCAUGACCAAGAGUACACAUACCAGCAAUUCAUCUAUAACAACUCCAUCAUGUUAGAACAUGGUCUUUCCCACAUGGUGGAAUCCUUCUCUAGGCAAAGGGCUGGAAGGGUAGCUGGUGGGCGGAACGUCCCUGCUGCGGUGCAGACAGUAGCUAAAGCCUCCAUUGAUCAAAGCCGGAAGAUGAGAUACCGCUCCUUGAAUGAGUAUCGGAAGCACUUCAUGCUGAAGCCCUUUCAGUCAUUUGAAGAGCUCACAGGAGAAAAAGAAAUGGCUGCAGAACUUGAAGAACUCUAUGGGGAUAUUGAUGCAAUGGAGCUCUACCCAGCCCUCCUUGUAGAAAAACCACGUCCUGGAGCCAUCUUUGGUGAGACCAUGAUAGAACUUGGCGCACCGUUCUCCUUGAAAGGUCUCAUGGGAAAUGUCAUCUGCUCACCAGAGUACUGGAAGCCCAGCACCUUUGGAGGCAAAGUUGGCUUUGACAUAGUGAACACAGCCUCCAUCCAGAACCUUAUCUGCAACAAUGUGGAGGGCUGUCCUCUCGUGGCUUUCCACGUCAUAAACCCAGCAACAGCAGCGACAAAUAAUGUCAGCACCUCCAGCACAGCAAGAGACGAGAUCGGCCGAGCUGUGUUGCUAAAAGAGCGCUCCGCUGAACUAUAGGGAACGGCUGUUUGCAUAUUUAUUUAUUUAUGAUAUCUAUUAUAUUGUUGUUUUUGUUGUUAUUUAUAGUUCAGGCAAAACACCAUGGAUUUUUUUCUGUGCCUUGGCAUCUAACCCACGAUGCCAGACUUAAAGGGGGAGUUCUACUUAAGAUUUGUAGGACUGGAUCCCUUGGUUUUUAAGACUAUCUUCUGUACCAGAAAGAUGUAUUCCAAAAUGGAUCAGGGCAUUAGAUUUGCUGCUUAAACUUGAACAUAAACAAUAGUUCUGCCUCUUAAACUUGACAGGUAUGAUCCUAAAUACAAAACCAUGUUACGUGCUGUUAUCUGAGAGUCUGGAAGUGCUCAAUUUUUUUAAUAAAAAAACACACAAACACAACAAAGCCAAAAAAUCCAGAACAAUUCUCGAAAUCUGUGCUCAUGAAAACUGUCCUUUUACAGAAAUCUUUGUACUUUACAAAAUGAAUGUAGGACAAAAAGAAUCCUUAUGGUUUAGCCAAAGUUAAGGAUUUUUACCCCCUUAUAGUGAACUUAAUGGGGUCACGAAGAGUCGGACACGACUAAACGACUAAACAACAAACAACAACAUAGUGAACUUGGUAGGGUGCACAAACACUUUAACUGAGAGGGAGCACGGAUGCAAAUUUGGGGGAAAGGAAAAUUUAUUUUCACUACCUCUCCCAUGUGACACAGCAAUAGGUUUUGAUAACGGACUGAUCUUUGUUUUGUGUGUGUCCAUAACUGCACUUCCCUUUUAUUGCACACAUAGUUCCUUCCUCUUCUAAGAGUAAAACCACAACUGUGUAGGACGCAAUCCAGUGAAACCAUUCACAUGUAAUUCCCCUUGAAAUGUAUAGGAGCUUGUAGUCUCUGCAGAAUCUCAAUUGCUUUUUAAUGGAAAGUUUUCCCCUAGCUCUAUGUAAUAGGGGACUGGAAGAUGAAAUUUUAUUCUUAGGUUUCAAUGCUCCAAACAAAGGCUUGGGACUGUAGAUUCCUCUUUCAUUAUAAGUAAAAAGAUGUUAAAAAAGAAAAAGAAAAAAGAAAGACCGGUCCUUUCUUUUUACUCCCAAAUUAAUAGUUUUCAAUUAUAAAGAGUGGAUCCAUAUCAUUUUAAUCUCCUUGCAGAGACUCAAAGGCUCUAUACAGAACAAGGGUGGACAACCUCUGUUGUAGACUAUAACACUAUACCCAUUCUUUCUGAACCCUAAAGUGCAUUCAGGUGUUUGAAACUCCAGCGAGGAGCUGCCUCUUUUGAGACACCUGUGUAAUGUAAUGGGUGAUAUACAUGUCUCCCAUAAGUAAGAAUUGGAGUUUCGGAUAUCAUUUAGGACUCAAGUCGAUAUGACUUGAGAUAUAGACCAGUACUGUAGGUUCCCAAGCCCCAUUUUAACACAGCACUUUAUGUAUACAAAGGCCAUUUCAAUUUUUGGAUACUGACACUGCAUUUCUGUUAAUAUUAUUAUGUUUUUUUAAAAAAAUUCUAUUCCACUUUUCAAGUUGGCUAAUAAACACAAUUCCUCAAGGAAACCAAAUAGGUGCUCCAAUUAAUAACUUGGGCAUUGCCAAUUUUACACAUUCAAUUAGAUGAUAAUUAAUGGACUGGUAACUUGGGAAAUGCAACCUUAUUCUCAUAGUGCAGGUAUUAAACCUUUCAUAUUGCUUAAGAAAUGCAUGUUUAAUAGUAUGGUUCUGAAGCCCGUACAUUACUGGCCUUCUUGGUUGAAAAACCCUCUGUUGUUUGUACUCUGGAAAUUGAUAUAAUGAUUAUCUUUUAAAACCAAAGUGCUAAAGGAAAAAAAAAAUCACUGGAAAAGGAAAUAUUGGUGUAACCCAAGGAAAUAUGGACAAAAGUCACCAGGAAACUCCUGAAAAAACGCCAUGAUAUCUGUUUGUGUUUUUGUAGCAUUCAGUGGGGGUUGCUCGGGAGAACUUCUGGUGGAUUCUGCCCACAGAUUAUAGGGCUAAUUGUCCUUUUUGAGAACACACUAUUCCAUUCCUCUUUGUUCUUUUGAUUAGUUCAGGCCUAGAUGUUACCUCAUCUCUUUCUGAUGCCUAUCACUUCUCCCUUUUAAGUUAUCUUCCUCUUUGAAGUUAGGACACUAGUCCUGCCACUUCCUGAACUUCCCGUUCUCUGUUCUUUCCCCACGAGCUUUUACAACCUACUCAGUGCUUUCUCCUCUUCCAUGUCCCUUUUAAUUAUUAGAUUGUGAGCCUGUUUUUUCUUGGAACCUGUCUUUAAAAAGAAUAAAAAUACAUUUUUUGCACAUUACUUGCAAGUGCCAUGUGUGUGUUCUAAAUAGCUGUUGUUCACUGUAUGGUGCCAUUUUUAAUGGAAUUAUGUCUUCCUCUGCUUUAAGUUCACUGGACAUGCAUCACACAGCCUCAUUUUGUUCCUGUAAUAUUUCCAUUUUUUUAAAAAAAAGAAACAAAAAACCAAAGUAUUAUUUAUUCCAGCCUGCUGGUUUUGGUUGGGUGUUUAGAAUGUUGCCAGAUUAUGCACAGGGAAGAAUUUUGUAGUGACCGCAACCCAGAUAAAGUUAAGUCACAUUUGUGUUGUUGUUAACAUCGAUGGGAUUUAAGCAUAUUCUCUGGAUUGCGGCCUUAUUUAUUACUAUGGUUUUUAAAACUGUUUGGUGUUGUUGUUGUUUUUUAACGUUCCAUGGUGUGCAAAGUGUCCUUCUACAAAUAAAUUAUUUGAAAGCUAA